CAAGCUGUUUCAUCUGAACCGUUUAUGGGUUUCCUCGAAGUGAAUAUGACCAGAUAUUUGUACAAUAAUUCUAUAAAAUGCACUGUUCCUUUUUCGUAACUUUAUCCAAUCCAAUGCUGGGAGCCCAGGUGUGUCAAACUAAAAAACUGACUGCCAGUUAAUCCAUUGCAUCCUAAAUAAUUAUAUGCGAGAGCACAUUUAAAUUCUAGCGUGUUUAUGAGCGUGUGUGUGCGCGCGCGUGUCUUUGUUUGAGGAGGUGUUUUGUUUUUUUUUUGUUUUCACCCAUACCCCAUGAACGCAACACGAGCGUCUAACGGGGUCACGUGAGAUGCUCCGCUAAUAAUGCAGUGACGUGGGAGAGUUCCGUCAGUGUAGCGGUGUCUUACAGCAAGCUUACCCGGGCCAGCAGCUGCCUUGCCCGGUUUGGGAGAUCCGACAGGGGUCGGUCCAAGGCGGAGCGGAGGAAAGAUUCAGGGGAAGAAAAACAAGAAGGAGCGGGUAGGCGAAGAUAGACGACUAGUUGUUGUUUUUUUUGUUUUUUUUUUCAUUCCCUUUCAGGACUCUGGGAACAUGUUUUGGCAGUGAUUUGGAGAGGAUAUUAUUACAUUUAUUUUUUCCCCCCACUGUUCUCCGUCGCUUUCACUGCGCCGAGACUGUAACACCAGCCUGCGGAGCAUCGUGAAGGAACAGCCGCGCUCCUGCUGCCCCGGCCGCCGCUGCUGUGGAUGCUGCGGCGUCUCCUCUUUUGGUCCUUUUACCGUUCUGUUUUCUAUUUUCUUUUCUUUUUUUUUUUAUAAUAGCUCUUGCAGAGGGAGAUAAAACUUGGAUAAGAUUCAGGCAACAACAGCGAGAGAGCUGAGCGGAAGGCGAAAAUAUCUGAGGUGGAGGGACGCCUAUAACUCACAAGGAGCGGGAGAGAGAGGAGAGGAGAGGAGAGGAGAGGAGGAGUCGCAGCAGGAGGGGAACCAAAAACCUGCAGGUCUAUUGAGCCUGGGGGGGUGUGUGUGUUGGGGGGGGGGGAUGAGGACGUGGACAACACAUCCGAGGUGUCACUGUGAUUAGCGGAGAGCGAGCUGGAGAGAGGAGCGAGGUUGUUUCGAUCCGAGGAGGCGGUGAUGGCGGGUGAAGGCAGCGGGGUUCACACGCUCCGUCGGCCGACCGCAGCCCUGUCAGGAGCCGCAGCAGCAGCAGCAGCAGCGGCGGCGGCAGCAUGAGGAGGACGAGAUCAGAGAGAGCAAACACAGAGGAGGUGACCCUUAUCAUAUCCUGAAGGAGUCGAGACAUAGAGCAUGAUCUUGUGUUUGUCUGCAGUGCCAAAGAAGCGCCAGGGAGAAGUCUCCAUGGCCAGAGAAUCAUCGCCCUCCUAGCUCCUUCAGGAGCCCUUUUAACCCCACUCCAAGCUGCACUGGGGGCCUCAAACGUUCCCCUGACUCCACCAGGAGGCUCACUCCAACCCAUCUGCCAGCUCAGAUAACCCUCUGACUGUUGGCAACCACAUGUUUGAGGUGACUGUAUGUGAUCGCCGCCGCCGCCCAUUCUCGAGCAGCAGCAGCAGCAGCAGCAGCAGCCUCCUGCGACCCCGAUCUGCACAAUGCAGUGGAGACGGCGGCACUGCUGUCCCAUCAAGAUGACCUGGACGGUCAAGCGUUCGCUCUUCCGGACCCAUGUGGCCGGCCUCCUCUCGCUCGCUCUGCUUUUCACCCUCUUCUUAUUUUUCAGCCACCAGGAAUGGCUGCCGGGACGCAGUGGGCCCCGGGAGAACCCGCUGGCCUACACGGUCAGGGGCUUCCGCAGUCCCAAAGGAGAAGCCAACCAAAGCAACUCCCUGAGGAGCCUGUGGAAGGAGACGGGAUAUGUAGCGCCAAAGCCUCUGCUCAACCUCAGUGCUCAGCAGGCAGAUGGGGCAGCGGGGGAGGCGGCAGGAGGUGGUGGGGGAGGGGGAGGAGGAGGAGCCAGGAUGGGUGUAAUGGGGCUUGGGGACUCUAUGAGCACUAACAACAGUUUACAGAAGGAAAUGGGUGUAGGAGGAAGGCUCAGCGCUCAGCCCUACCGCUACAUCCUGAACGAGCCCUUCAGGUGUCGGGACAGCACCCCCUUCCUCAUCCUACUAAUCGCUGCAGAGCCCGGCCAGGCUGAUGCCCGCAACGCCAUCCGCCAGACGUGGGGGAAUGAGAGCACAGCCAUGGGUCUGGGGUUCGUCCGUCUUUUCCUGCUUGGCACAGGAAAGAGCUCAGACACCUCCCUCCAGAGCAGCAUAGAGGAAGAGAGUCGUGUUUACCACGACAUCAUCCAACAGGAAUAUCAGGACACGUACUACAACCUGACUAUCAAAACCCUGAUGGGCAUGAACUGGGUGGCCACCUAUUGCCCACAUGCCUCCUAUGUGAUGAAGACAGACAGCGACAUGUUUGUCAAUACUGAGUAUCUCAUCCAAAAGCUGCUGAAGCCAGAGCUGCCUCCCAAGCAGAGGUACUUCACGGGCUACCUGAUGAGGGGCUAUGCACCAAACCGAAACAAAGACAGCAAGUGGUACAUGCCACCGGAGCUGUACCCAAGCGAGCGCUACCCGAUAUUCUGCUCGGGCACGGGGUACGUGUUCUCAGGGGACAUGGCCGAGCUGAUCUACCAGGCCUCUCUCAGCAUACGCAGGCUGCACCUGGAGGACGUUUACGUGGGCAUCUGCCUGGCGAAGCUGCGCAUCGACCCAGUGCCCCCUCCCAACGAGUUCCUCUUCAACCACUGGCGGGUGUCUUACUCCAGUUGUAAGUACAGCCACCUGAUCACAUCCCAUCAAUUCCACCCCAAUGAACUCAUCAAGUACUGGAACCACUUGCAGAGCAACAAGCACAACGCCUGUAUCAACAUGACCAAGGAAAAGAACGGCAGGUACAGACACCGAAAGUUUCACGGAGAGAGGCCUCCUUGAUGCAUCCUGUGACGACCACCCGCCUCAGUAAAGGGAGAUGGGCGCACUGUAACUACAGCUGAUAGGGGGGCAUGUUGAACUCAGCACUAUACACUAUAUGGGGAAAAGCACAUUGUUUUUGGUAUUGUGUACAGUCGAUGAUUCAAACUAUUUUUUUAAUUUGAGGAAAAAAAAACUGUUAAGUAUUGUAAACCUGUGGAGCUAUUUCUGAAAGGGAGAUAUGGAGCAUGCACAAAGUGCUGCUGCUCAACAUUGGUGUUUAUAAUAAUUCAGGUGCCAACAGAAUGGUGGUAAUUCAAGCUACAGUUAGUGUGAGGGCUCUCCUCGAGAGGGUGUUAAAGUAUGUCGCACUCAAAAAAAAAAAAAGUAACAAUUUGUGUUUACACAGACAAAGGGAAAUGCACAUGUAUUAUGUCGACAGUUACACUACCUAAAUAUGAAUGAAAGUAUCUUUGACGUUGACCAGUUAUGCUGCCCUGUUUCUCAAUGUUUACUUUACAGAUUUAUCAAAGACUAUGACUGAAGAGAAAGGUUUAUCUGUCAUAUACUGUACUUUAUUUUCAAGAAAAUCAAUAUGAAAGCCCUCAGAAUCACGUCAGAGAUGACUGAGAUUGUAUUUUCUAAAGCUUUACAUUGAGUAUGACUGCACUUGAGCAAAUGUGCAAUGAAUCAAUUAACAAUUAAAUGUACUGAAUUCA